UAUCGAUAGCGCUGGAUUCCUCGCUGGUGCACGAUAUUUUGCGCGACGCUGGCCACACUGGUCGGCCAUUAAUUUACGAAAUUUACGAACAAUUAACAUAAACUUUUACAUUUAUCCGUGUGUUUUAGCAAUAACUAUCUAUCUAUGUGCUAUUGUUGACUACGUCUAAGUGCCACAGUGUCUGCAGGCUGCAACUCCAACAAGUUGCUCGCAUUACCCCAUCGCAGUAAUAAAUACUGCAAUGUUUUGAUACAGUCUAUAUUCGUUUUCAAUGAUUCAGCAAGGCGCUGCGCCCUGAAAUCAGCCCGAUAAGAACUUAGUGUUAAGCGCUACCUCAAAGUGUCACCAUGAUCGGACCCAGUUCGCAGAUCAGCAAGAUCCUGCUCACCCUGCUGUUCCUGCUGAUCAUCUUCUACGUUUUCAUGGACGUGGAGCUCUACCUGCGCAUCCACAACUAUGCCAUCGAGAGGAACUAUCACACGAAUGUCUCGCUGCCCGCCUCCGUCGUGGGUCCGUCCACCUCGGAGUCCGGGUCCGGCAGCAUCGGUGGUAGCAGCAGCAGCAGCAGCAGCAGUAGCAGCAGCACCAGUACGAAACUACCCACCGCCGGCGACCGGCAGCCGUCCUACGAGGACCACACCUGGAUAUCCUGUGAUAUAAAUCCGCUUUGCCAUGUGACCGUGAAGGCCAUUCUGUUGGACCACACCAACCACUACCUGUUCGCCCCGCUGGCCACCAUGUUCGACAACGUGAUCGGCUUCUCGCGCUCCACCUUCAUCACGCCCAACAUGAUAUCGUUUUUCCAUGUGGGCGUGGCCUGUCUGGCGGGCAAACUGGUGGCCUCGGACAGCCUGGGCUAUCGGCGGCUGGGCGUGCUGCUCUUCCAGAUCCGCACCUUCCUGGACGACCUGGACGGGCAUGUGGCGCGCGUGCGCAAGCACAUACGCGGCGAGCGCUCGGAGAUCGGCACCUCCGGCUACUAUGUGGACGGCCUGUGCGACGGACUCGGCUGCAUUGCGCUGCUGCUGGGCAUAUUCUUUUACCUGAAGAACAAUCCACCGCGGAGGGGCUACUCGAUCAUACCCAUGAGCGACUCCAAGCUGCCGGAGCCCACCAUGAUGAUACCGAAGAUGAAGGCCACCACGCGCAAGGUGGCCAAGAACGUGAUCAGCUUCACGGGCCAGCUGCUGCUGAGCUCGACGGCGUGGAAUCGCUACAUUGCCGUCUACCAGAACAUGCUGGAGCGCGAGGACGUGAGCGGCAACCAGUCGCAUUGCCAGGAUUACGUGUUCAAGUCGACCUGGUUCUUCUGCGUCGCCUGGAUGUGGCGCAUCGUCAACGUGCACGCCCUGCUGCACUGCGUCCUGCUGAGCAUCUUCUGCGACAAGCUGUGGGACUUCCUGCGCGCGAUCCGGUACAGCGGUUACAUUAUCCUGUUAGUUGCUAUAUGUUUAACUGAAAUGCACAUUCUGGAGGCCCAGAACUACAUUUUCAACUCUACGGCGUGCAGUAAUAUUUCACUGUGAUUUUACUAAUAUUACGAGAAAAUACAAUAAUAUUUGUGUAGUGCAAAUCAGCGAUGCCUUUUUUAAUUGUGUAUAAAUAAUAAUGUAUCAUAAUUGUUAGCCAAUCAUUAAUAUUUCGAAACCAACUAAUGCAUUUUGUCAUUCAAGCGCGGUCUGCAAGAGCAAUCGAAACUCCUUCAGCUGUAAAUAAUAAAUGUUAUUGAUUAAU